UUAUGUAAUUAAGUGUUUUUGUCUUAAUUUGAAUUGUUAAUAACUUGAUAUCCUGCGAUUUGUUUUUAUCUAUGUUAUGCGAUUUGUUUACGCCGUAACAUCCGCGUCUAUCAGAUAAAAGGGUAUUUGUGGUUUUUGUAAUCUCAGUUGUGGGGUGGAGAUGUUAUAUAAGUUGUUGCUAAUUUCACAACUUGUUUUUUUGUUUUCCAAAAGUUUAGGGUUUGAUAUUCGUGUUUUUUGAUAUAGAGGGUUUGUAAUUUGUCAAUUUAUGAUUGGAGAUACUUGUGAACUAUGUUGCUCCUAUUUUGUUAGUUGGUUAAUGUAUGAGCUUUUGUGAUGAUAAAAUGCCCCAGAUAAAUAGGUUUGUUAUCUUACUGAUGGAUAACUGUAGACACGUGCGAGGAAGGUUUGCUACUUGGGAGUUAUUUUUUGAAGACAUCUUGUUGCAAGAAGUAUGGCCAAACAUCAUCCUGAUUUAGUUAUGUGUCGCAAGCAGCCAGGCAUUGCUAUUGGCCGACUUUGUGAAAAAGAUGAUGGUAAGUGUGUAAUAUGUGAUUCGUAUGUGCGUCCAUGCACACUUGUGCGGGUCUGCGAUGAAUGCAACUAUGGGUCCUUCCAAGGUCGAUGUGUUAUCUGUGGCGGAGUUGGAAUUUCUGAUGCAUAUUACUGCAAGGAAUGUACGCAGCAAGAGAAAGAUCGGGAUGGGUGUCCUAAGAUUGUGAAUUUGGGGAGUGCAAAGACAGAUCUUUUCUAUGAAAGAAAAAAAUAUGGUUUCAAAAAAAGAUGAUAAAGUAAUCGGGCAAUUGUAUGCCAAAGUCUCUGUUCCGAAUAUUUCGUGCUUCCCAAAUAUAGCAUUUGGUCAUUUCAAUGCUUGUAAUCAAUAUGUUUUGCUUUAAUAUUUGUGUUACUGUCUACAUUAAAGAUUUGAGUCUUAAUUGUGGUUUAUGGUUUUAAGCCAUGAUCUAUACUCUAUAGUCUAUACAGCAAUGUUAUCUGAAGUACUGUAAGUA